CUGCUGGCUCCGGUCCGCAGCUCGUCUGAGUGGAACGUGUAGAAAGCAUCCGAACAUGUCUGGACGAGGAAAGACCGGAGGAAAGGCCCGAGCCAAGGCCAAGUCCCGCUCGUCCCGGGCCGGGCUCCAGUUCCCGGUGGGUCGUGUCCACAGGCUGCUGAGGAAGGGCAACUACGCCCAGCGUGUCGGUGCCGGAGCCCCCGUGUACCUGGCGGCCGUGCUGGAGUACCUGACCGCUGAGAUCCUGGAGCUGGCUGGAAACGCUGCCCGGGACAACAAGAAGACCAGGAUCAUCCCCCGACACCUGCAGCUGGCGGUCCGCAACGACGAGGAGCUCAACAAGCUGCUCGGAGGAGUCACCAUCGCUCAGGGAGGCGUGCUGCCCAACAUCCAGGCCGUCCUGCUGCCCAAGAAGACCGAGAAGCCCGCCAAGUCCAAGUAGGCACCGGGACCAGAACCAGAACCACAACCCGACUUCAACUAACACAACGGCUCUUUUCAGAGCCCCCCACUUCUCUCUGAUCAGAACCAGGGUUCCAUCUUUAUACAUGUAUAUUAUCAGUAGAUCAUCUGCACUUCAGAGGACAUGUGAAUAUUAAAAAAUGGGAUCUUCAUUAUUGAUUAGUUGGUUGAUUGAUCAGAACAUGCAGUGAUGGUUCUAGACCAGGUUCGGUUUAGAGUCUUGUUAGAGGAGCAGAUACAACCUGGGGGGGAAACAUCCGUCAUCCAGACAUGAAACAAUGAGAAACAGUGUUUUCAGUUUCAACAGCUGAGACACUUUGUACAAAAUAACUGCAGGAAAUCUCUCCUCGUGUCGCUGAUGCAGACUCCCUGUCAGGGGGUUCUGGACUCGGUUCCAGGGGUCCAGACCCAUGUUGUCCAGAACCUGCAGUGGGAACAUUCACCGUGUUGUCUGGUUGUCUUUCAGCGCCCUCCUGUGUCCAUCUGAUGGUAACUGCAGGGGGAAACUCACUGAAUAUUUGUUACUGAUUUAAUAAACUCGUUACUGUAG